UCCUACUAAUAACGAGUGAUGUUUGAGAUACUGUGAUGCCUUGCGAAUCGGAUGGUCGUCCGUUCUCGUCGUGACCAUCCUUGUACCCAUCAUUUCCCGCCGAUCGAGCCUCACUUAUGACGGAUUCACGCAACUUUAUUAGAUCGUAUUCAGAGAAAAAAGAAUAUGAAACUUCAGAGUGGACUAUACAGAAAUACUCAGCAUCGCAGGCAUCCUGUUUAAGGGUGAGGAUAUUGUCAUGUCAUGCUCUUGUGUCUACGUGCAUACUAUUGCCGAUUGCUUGUCUAAUCCUGGCUGUCGCAUUUCAUCAGAUGUUUUGUGUAUCGGUACGACAGGAUCCACCACAUUCCAUUUUUGGAUUUAUCCACGCUCCUUUCAUUAGAGAUCUGGAGUGGUUGGUAAAGACUACAUGCGUCACUCUUGGCCAGCGUUCUGUAUAUUGAGAAUAGUCGGCGAGGAUAGCAAUCCAUCUUCGUGUCCUGGUCUGCGUUGGACUGAAAACCAAGAAAUUGAUUGGUACAGAGGGACCGAUUAAAGAUGCUGAUGUCACCAACUU